ACCUUCCCAGUAACACCAAUGGCACCUACUUCAGUAUUACUAGAUCCUUUGCAGUUAUGCGCUCCGGACUCCACAUACUUAGCUUUACUGAUCAAAGACCGCCCUGACUCUCCUCUUGAUGGCAACCUGAUGAACUCUGCCAUGCACACCAUCACAUUUGAUGAGGUGCACUGUCUGGCAUCUCUUCAUGAUUUCCAACCCUUUGAUCCUCUCCAUUUCUGGCUCCAACAUCCCGCUCACAAUAGUCGUGUCUACAACAACCUCGAUGUUCACCACCAUCUGACUUCUUAUGGCCCCCCUCCGAGUGUUGUGCCUGUUUACACAGACUGGUUCAGGCCUGGGUUUACCUUUACCACAAUCAACACGGAAAAUGAUAUAUACGAAUAUCUCACCCAAUGCCAGUUCACAAAGCUGGACAAUCUUGUAUUGGACAAUUAUACAUGGCAGUCCGGUAGCGGUGCGGCCGCAACAUCAUUUCUUGCGGAUCACCCACUCUCAAAGUGGUGGAGCAGGGCAACCAGACAUCAUGCUUGUCCUCCCAUAUGGUGAACCAAGUUCAAAAGCCAACUCAGUAGUCAUGAUGGUGGAGUUAAAGACAAACAAGGCCUGCAAAUCAGACCAGGGAAGUACUUUGAGGAAAUUCUGCCAAGGGGUGGUGGAGGGCACUUACACCCCCAAU